AUGAUGGACUCAAGGGGCGGAAACCACACAAAAGCCGCCUUUGAGUAUAACGAAGGCUCAAACAGAAUCUACCAGCAGGAAAAGAACUCCAUGAAGGAGCAACCCAACUACCAGGUCAAACAGCAGUCAGCGGAAGAUCUUGAACAUCUCCCCUGGGAAGAGCUCCAACGGCAUUAUUCGAACGCUAUUGAUAAACACAAUCAAGCCGAAGAAGAGCUGCGAGCUCGAUCUUCAGCAUUGCUCGAGAUUUUCAUGAAUUGGGCACAAUCUGCUGUUGUUCGCGAUGAGAGCAGAGCUUUGAAAAGAUUCAAGACCCAGACGCAACAUGUGCGAAGUUCUGAAGAGAAGCUGGAGAAAAAGAAGCGACACUAUGCAGAUGUAGUGAAGGCUUUCGAAAAUGCUCUCGCUCUACUCAAUGAUUGA